GGAUGUGCUCAUUUUGUGAUCCGCUAUAUACACUUCUAAUUGUAUUUCUAUGGGAUUAUGUUACAGUCAGUACGCCUAAUAUUUAGAGUUAUUGAAGGUGGAAAUCCUAAUUUGAGAUUUGCGCGCGUAACUCCCGUAACAACCAUUGACGUUAUACCGAUUUACCCACGCAGGUGUCAAAUUAUGAUUCGAUUUGAAGUGUUUUAUAUCCUUUGUUUUAAUAAUGGUCAAAUAUUAAGGUGAAACUGCAAAAACGAUAGUGGACACCAACAUUUAAACCAGAACUUCUAGUAGCCUAUAGAAGCCAGAAUGAGACAAUAAUAUUUAAUUCAAAUCUUUCAGAAAUGACCUAGCAUUCGAGGCUUGUUUUAAGUUGCCUGCGACCUGUUUAAAAACUCAGGCAGCUAAAGCAAGUCUGGGACGCCAGAGACCACUCUUCAGAACACAGCGGCAGCGGCAUAACUGGCGGAGAGGGUGUGGCGUGGUGGGGGUAUGGAGUGAUAGCCGACUCCAUGAGUCAUAUAGGCCUAGCCUUGCAUAGCAGUCACAUAUACAGGCCUGCUCUCAGGUCUCAUAUCGUUUGCUCCUGUUAUCGCCCCACCGGGAAACGAAUCAUAACCUGAAAUCCGCGCGGAUCCAACAGAACAUCUGUUGAAAGAAAGCAAAAGUGGGUCCUGGAUUCCCUCAAAUACAGGGGCUCAAAAAGGUAGUGGACAGAUUCAGCUAUGGCAGUUUCUCCUCGAACUCCUGUCAGACAGCGCCAACAUGUCCUGCAUUACCUGGGAAGGGACGAACGGAGAAUUCAAGCUAAUUGACCCCGAUGAGGUGGCCCGGCGAUGGGGCGAGCGCAAAAGCAAGCCCAACAUGAACUACGACAAACUCAGCCGCGCAUUGCGGUACUACUACGACAAAAACAUCAUGACAAAGGUCCAUGGGAAGCGAUAUGCUUACAAGUUCGACUUUCACGGCUUGGCCCAGGUGUGUCAACCCUCAACAACAGAGCAAGCGCUUUAUAAAUUCCAGAGUAAUUUUGCCCCUAUUCCCUUUUCAGGGAUUUCCAAGCUAAGCCUCGUUGGUCCAGGCGUUGGUCCGUCCGGAUUCUCCUAUUGGCCGGGUUCGCCACCCACUCUCUACCACAGUCACAACCUCCAACCCCCGGGACCAUUUGGUGCUGUGUCCGCUUCGCACAUCAACUGUGUCAACAACAUCAACAACCUGAAUAAUAUCAAUAACCACUACAAUUGACUACUAUUAAUCCACCAAUGAGGCCUAAUCAUAAUAAUCGAUGAUUGAUGUAGUUUAAAGCGUGCCUUUUCGGAUUAGGCCUAAUGAUGAUUUUUCCUUUCGAAAUGUUAUCUUGUGAACCCAAGACAUUGUCUGAUCCUAACUGAAUAUGCCAAGGUGCAAUUCAUUAAACAUUUUGUGCAAUAUUUCAAAUGUAAUAACAUGCGUUUUCAGAUAGGCUAUGUAUUUUAGACUAAACCCAGAUUAAGAACCCCUUUCUUUACAAUUUAUUUGGUCUUUGAUUCGACAGGACACUGGUGCCUCCACCUCUGAAAUUGCCUGGGCUUUUAGCGCCAUCACGUGGCUAUUAAUUAAACAUAUAAAUACGUAAUUGUUCUCAGAUAGGCUUGCAGUGCACUAAUUUCAAAGUAGGAUUAUUAGUGCCCGUCUAAAAACAUUAUGGAGAUAAAGAUUUGUCGUCGCCAAUAUAUUACCCGAUGACUCCCACUUUAAAUAGCCUUGGUUAUUUUAAGGUUACAAUGCAGACGUGUUUAUCUCAAUAUCAAAUCAUUUCUGGGUAACUAUUAAGUACCUUACUGUCUUUGUUUUCAAUUCAAAUUGUCAAAAAGAAGAAAAUAGCAAUGAGCAAUUUCUCAAGCAAGAAUUGUGUUAGUACUAUCUGGGAGUGGUCUGAGUGGGGAGGGGAAAACGGUAAAUUAGCUGUUAUUGGCAGAGAGGUUUUGAACUCUCUUUCAUUGCAGACCCUGGUUUGAUUCCAGGCUGUAUCACAACCGGCUGUGAUUGGGAGUCCCAUAGGGCGGCGCACAAUUGGCCCAGCGUCGUCCGAGUUUGGCCGGGGUAGGCCUAGUUAAAUAAAGGUUAAAUAAAAAUAAAUACAUUCUUGUUGGUCUAUUAACUCAUUUAGCGCCUGGUGAUGUCACCAGGUAGGCCAAUACUCCAUCCCACCAAACAGGCUGACAUUUCAGUUGGUCUUUUCAAACUGCACUGGGCCUUUAAGCCUACUUUAAACAUACACAGGCAGUCUACGAUACAGUGCAGGUAUCUCCUUUAGUUUUGACAACAACCACGUUUGUUUUUUUUUUUUCAUUUUAUACGUUUUAUUUUGACAUUUUAUGCAUGAAAAAAACAAUAGAUUAUUUAAUUAUAAUUUUAAACCUUUUAGAAAUUAUUUAUUUGAAAUUGUAGGCUACAAAUGCCAGUUGAUAUCAUGAAUGAAAUUGUGUGAUGCUAUUUUACAUAGGCCUACAUUUAAUUUUGCCGAAUUAUCACAUAAUGUAUGACAAUGUUUAUAAGUCCGUCAACCAUGUUGUAUAAAAAAGCAUCAUCCUCAGAA